AUGGUCAUCACGGCGAGACUCCCCAACAAAGAGGCCGUGCAGCUGAAUUUCCGCGGCGCCGGGACGGUGCCGUUGGCCGAUGUGCUGGUUGUGUUAAGGAACAGCAAGGAGUGGGCAGCCUCGAAUCUGCAAGACGUGCAGCUACUCCUGCACGCCAAGCCUGCGCCCGCCUCAGUGCCAGAUGGCACGGAGCUGGAGGUAGUUAUCCCGACAGGACGAAGCCGCAGCCGCAGCCGCAGCCGCAGCCGUAGCCGCAGCAUCAGCCGCAGCACAAGCCAAGGUGCAAAUGACCAUGAUGCAUGGAUGCGAGACAUGUUCUACACCCUGAAAGGCCCUCAUGACGACAGCGACACCGUUUACUUCACGGAAGGAACCUGCAUCACGCGCACGAAAGAUGCCAGCAAGCCCGACGGCUUCAUGUACUACAUGGACGACGAAUGA